UUCAGCCAUGUCUUCCUUGCUAACCUGAGUGCUGGAUUCAUUGCCAACAGAGCAAUAUUUUGCCUCUGUUGCUUGAUACACGGUUUGAUCGCAUCACUGGAACUCAAUCUGCAUAGCAGUUUCCAGUUUGUUCUAGGUCUGUAGAUCAACCACCUGUGUACACGGCUUCGUCUCAGAUAACAGAAGAAUGGAACAAAAUGCCCUGGAGCAAAUACUUGAGGGGAGCAUGAAGCCAACGAACCUAUCAUUAGAAACUUUAAGGAAAAUCACAGACAAUUUUUCAGUACAUCGAAUAAUUGGUGAAGGUGGAUUUGGAACUGUCUAUAAGGGUGUUAUCGGAAACAAGAAUGUUGCUGUGAAGAAGAUUAUGAGUAGCAAGACAAUUAAUCAGAAACUCUUCCGCCGUGAGGUUGACACCCAGAUGGAUGUUAUCCAUGAAAAUGUAGUCCGUUUUCUUGGCUUAUGUUCUCAUACAGUGGAGACACCAGUGCCUAAUCCAGAAUCCCGAGGAUAUAUUUUGGCUGAGAUAAGAGAAAGAUUGCUCUGUUUUGAGUAUGUCAAUAAUGGAAGCCUUGAUAAAUAUAUUACAGAUGAAUUGAGAGGACUUGAAUGGGAUAUACGUUAUCAGAUUAUAAAAGGGAUAUGCACGGGUUUGCAUUAUCUGCAUGUGGAAAAACGUAUUCUUCAUAUGGAUUUAAAGCCUGCCAAUAUACUGCUAGAUAAUCAAAUGGUGCCAAAGAUAACAGAUUUUGGUCUAUCAAGGCCCGUGGAAAAUCCACAAACCAUGACCACAAACCAUUUUUCAUCACCGUAAUCUUCAAAUUAGUACAAUCAGUCUACAUGCACCCUCUUAUAUGUUUUUUGUGUUGUAAUGUUUGAAAUUGUUGUAUUUCAUGCAGAGGGUAUACCGCUCCAGAAAACCUGUUUAGUGAUGGUACCAUGUCUGUCCAGUCAGACAUGUAUAGUUUGGGUGCUAUAAUAAUCGAACUAGUGACAGGACGCAAGG